CCUUAUCAGUGUCUAUAUAAUUUCGCAAAUAAAAAAACACACGAGAAGGAGAAGUCUCUAAUAAAAUGCAAAAGCGCCAUUAAUCCAAAGCUCAAAACUCCCUCCAAUGUCGCAAUCAGUCCAUCUCAUCUCUAACAAUAUUCCAGGUUAUGGAUCUUCAGAAAGCAGGUGUCUCCCUUCCUCAGGAAUUUCUGGGAAAGCAGUUGCUAUACCUCUUUGUCCUUCGCAUGGUAACCAUAUAACUUAUUCACAAAUCAAGGUUGGAUCAAUAAAGUGCGCUUCUGGCGCAGCAUCUUUUUUGUGCAGAGCAAGUUCCGGUGGUCCUAGGAGAAACUCAGAUUUCUCAAAGCAAAGCAGACAGGGGUUCUCCCGAAAUAGGAAUAGACAAAAUGAAGAGAGAGACAGCUUUGAGAAUCUUGAUGAUUCUGAUUUGUUAACGUCAAGAAGUGGGCCAUUACUCUCUCUUUCAAAUACCUCAAAAUUCCAAGCCACUGCAGGCCCAGGGCCAAGAGAGAAGGAGAUUGUUGAGCUAUUCAGGAAGGUACAGGCUCAGCUGCGUGAAAGAGCUGCAGUCAAAGAAGACAAGAAGGUUGAAGCCUCCAAAGGAAAAGUUAAAGAGAGUGAAACUGUGGAUUCCCUCCUUAAGCUGCUAAGGAAACACUCAAUUGAGCAAGGUAAGAAAAAGGUUAGCAGUGUUGGCACUGGAGACUUUGCUGUGGACUCACCAGAACAUAAUGGAUCGCUUAGUGGAGACAGGAGCACAGGUUUCUUUAAUCCAAAUAAUAAAGCAAGGAGUGAAGUCCCAGAACAUAAUUCCACUUCUUUCAGCAGACCACCAUCAAAUUUUCGACGCAAGUCCCCAGUUCCUCAAGUGAAAUACCAGCCUAUUUAUUCAAAUGAGGACCCUAGUAAUUCUACAUCUUAUUUUGAUUUGACUGGUGAUAAGAAGAAGCGAUUUGAAGCACUUCCUGACACAGCUCAGCAGCCUAAAUUGGAAACACAGGAGCCCGAGUUGGAAGUGGCACUGGAGCCAGAGUCCUCUUUCCUUGAUGGUAACGCAGUAGAUGAGUUAUCAGAAGAAGAGUCUUCAGACAUUGAUGAUAUUAACGAGUUUAGCAAUCAACAGAAGGAGAACGAACACGAGGACCUAAGCUCAUUGAAGCUGCCAGAGCUGAGGGCACUUGCAAAAUCACGUGGGUUAAAGGGGUUCUCAAAGAUGAAGAAAGGAGAUCUAGUGGAGUUGCUAAGUGGUGAUUCAGUUUGAUUACUAAUGCAGGGAAGGAAGUGAGGAGAAUAGACCUGAUCCUAGAUAAAUUUUGUUUGUUUUUAGAUAUGCUCCCUUUUGUUUUCUAAAAAUUGAGAUGUUUUGUUUUCUGUUUAUGAUUAGAACCCUUUUAAAUUCUGUCAUAUGUAUUGGCUAGUGAACAUUUCACUGGAAUUGGAACCGAAAAAAGAAAAAGAAGAAACAAGAAGUUAAAAACUAA